GGUCCAUCAUUCUCCUGCGGAUUGGGCGUUUGGUGUCGCUCCGCCCUUGUCGCGCUCGUUGAUUGGCCAGUAUCGACGAGUUCCGCCUCCUCGACGGCCUUUGAUGUGCCGACAUGGGCCGCCUCUUCAGCCUGUCACUCGCACGCAUUCUUGCCUGCUGACAUGGUAUCCACUCACUCUCAAUACAUCACCGACUUCACACCUACAUCAAGUGUAGAACCCGGCAAAAGCCCGUUGGCAAUGUUGGCCAAGACUUGUGAGACAAUCGGACUGCCUGACACACCAUCGAAGAAAAGUCCAUCCGAGAAGAAAGACGACGUGAAGAAAUCCGAAAGCCCUUCUGAUCGGAAGAAGGAGAGGUCACCACGGGCGACGCCCACGGCCACACGCGUCGAACCUGUCACGUCAACGACAUUUCCGGGCCUUCCAAAGCCGACGUUCCCACUUGGAUUCUCUCCGGGUCUCGCGUUCCCGUUCCCCUAUCAUAUGAUGCCGUACGCGAUGUCAUUUCCAUCGUUCCCGAUGCCGUUCUCAAUGACUCGUCCACCGUGCCCAUCGAUGCUCAUGCAAAGGCCGUGUGUCACUCCCGGUUGCAGUUCAUGCUCACCGGAUAUGCUCUCAUCGUUCGCUGCACAUCCACUCUUUUCCACCUACUCCUCGAUGAUGCCGUCGGCUUCCAGCGCUUCGAUGCUGCCGGCUUCCUACCAAAGUCUGUUGGCGUCCUCUGGUGGCCCGUCGAUGUCGGCGAUUCCGUCAACUUCUGUGGCAUCGACGACGUCGAAAUCGUCACCUCAGGCAAAGCACAUGUGCUCGUGGGUCGAGUCUACCGGCAUAUGCGGCAAACAGUUCGCCUCCGCUGACGAGCUCGCCAUGCACGUCAAGCAGCUGCACACGCCUUCACCGCCAUCCAGUGCCUCGUCGGUAGCACCUGAGGUGUCAAAAACGCCUCUAAGCCGUAACAGUCUACCUCGUUUUCAUCCGUAUUCCAAGCCAACCACGCUUCCCAUGCCUCCGAUGAUGCCUUUUCCAUCGGCUUUGCAAGCUAUGUACGCUCAGCGCAUCAUGUCCAGCAUGCCUCAUCCUUAA